UAUACGUGUUCAACUAUACAACGCAUGUUCCAGUGCCUUUCCAAAUCUGGAAAUAAAAAUGGCGCAUUACUGUCAACCUCAUGUUGUGCUGAAUUCAGUAAAUAAGGGAUAUCAUGUUUAUAAAAAUAAAAUGGCGGAAGAAAAGACAUACAUGUGUGUUAAGGAUUUCGGUAAUGUUGUGGACAAGAAUGCUAUUCUUGUAAUAUGCACGGAUGAUAGCAAAUCCAUAGGCCAUGUCCCAGCUUUACCAGUUCCUCUAAAUAAAGCCUUCACAACAAUCAUGGAUAUGCAUCCUGGAAUUUCCAUUGAAUGUAUUGCUUCUGAUAACCCAAGACCAAGCUCGUAUCCAUGGCCAGAUACAAGUGCCCAAGGGGGAGGCAUCAUUCCGCCUGUCCAAUACAAGAUAUCAGCACCUGCCAGCUUAACAGAUAGAAUAAAAUAUAUUCUAAUGUGCGCAGCGUCUGAUGAACAAGACAUUCUCAAAGAAAUGAAUGUACACGUCGUGUAUGAGUGUGAAAGGACACCCCCCAUGAUCAUAUCAAAGGAUGAUGGCACGCAAGACACACCCAACUACAAGUUAACUACACCCUGAGCUAUAAUUUUACAACAUAUAAAUAAUAAAUACCAGAAAAUCU